GGAAAAGAGGUCCAAAUUGGAUCGGCUCAGCCCGCACACCACACCGCCGUAUCCGCCCGCAGAUAAGCAGCGCCGAGGCCUGCUCCCCGCUGGCGGCGCCGGAGCGCCUCCCUCCGCCAGCUUCAUGCCCGUGCCCUCCGCUCACUGCUCGCCGGUCGGCGCCACCCCAUUGGCCGCGCUUUCGGCCGCUACCCACUGGGCGAGAUCCGCCGCAGGAGCCUGGAGCCAGUCUGUUGGUGAGCCUAACUGCUCCAGUUCUCCCCGAAGGCCGACCUCCAUUUGAUUUCUUUGACUUCAGAGGUAAUCAAAAUUCAAACCCUGGCCAUUGCUAUGUUCCGUAGUGAGUCAUGGUCAGUGAUAGAAAGCUAGAAGGAAUAGCAGUCUGAUAUGGUGGAUGGUCAGUUGUUGAUUCCUUGAUUAUUGCCUUAUUUCAGUGUCGCAGAUGGACAUAAGUUGGGUGAAUACUAGGCUAUUUAGCAAGGCACAUCUAGAUGGGGUCACUGAGUUCAUGAAUAUUAUGUCAGCUAAUUUUCCUUGAUUGUUUCAGCUAAUUUGGGUGACAGUCAGGAGAUAUUAUGUCCAUGUCGUAAGUGUUUGAAUUGGUUACAUCAAUAUAAAGGAGAAGUCGAGACUCACUUAUAUAUUUAUGGAAUGACUAGCACAUACACUAGGUGGAUACAUCAUGGAGAAGCAUUGGAGGAUAUAAUUGGAUGCAGUGUUGAAACUGGUGAUAUUGGCUACAAUGUUGAAACUGAGAUGAAUGAGCCUGAGCCUGAAGAUGACCCAGAUGAGGAUCAAAUCCAUGAGAUGGUACAUGAGCUGUACACAGCCGAAGACCAUGGACCAACAACAAAUUCCAAGUUUGCAACCAUAUUAGAAGAGAUGAAACAACAACUACAGCCUGAUGGUCCCUAUACUAGAUUUUCUUUUGUGGUGAAGUUGCUACACAUCAAGUCAUUUUACAGAAUCAGCAAUGUGGCGUUCAAUGCUUUUUUGAAGUUGUUAAGUGUACAAUUUCCAAAAUGUUCUAUUCCUGCAUCUUAUGCUGAAGCGAAGAAAGUUAUUCGUGCAUUAGGACUUGGAUAUGACUCAAUACAUGUUUUUCCGAAUAAUUGUGUUUUGUUCAGAAAGGAGUUGGCUAAAAUAGAUAAUUGCCCGGUAUGUGGUGCUUCAAGAUGGAAGGAUGAAGAUACAAGAAACCAAAUUCCAAACAAGGUUUUGAGGCAUUUUCCUGUGGUUCCAAGGUUACAGAGGAUGUUUGCAUUCAAAAAGCUUUCAGAGCAGAUGGCGAGGCAUGGAAGGAUUUUGAUAGGAAAUAUGACUGGUUUGCAAAAGAUGCAAGGAAUGUCCGACUUGGCCUCACUACUGAUGGGUUUAAUCCAUUUGGGAAGAUGAGCGCCUCGUAUAGCAUGUGGCCAGUAUUUCUUAUUUCUUAUAAUUUGCCUCCAUGGGAAUGUAUGGAGCAAUCCAACUUUAUGAUGGGCCUACUCAUUCCUGGUCCGACAUGCCUAGGAAAGGAUAUGGAUCUGUUCUUGCAACCCCUGAUUGAUGAGUUGUUAGAUCUUUGGAAUGGUGUCCCUACCUGUGAUGCUCUGACUAAGAAAUCAUUUGAUCUUCAUCCUGCAGUUAUAUGGUGCAUACAUGACUAUCCAGCACUAAGCACACUUUCAGGCAGAGUCACUAGAGGUUACUAUGCUUGUGUUCGUUGUGACAAAAAUCCUUGCUCUAGAAGAUUAAGGAACAAGAUUUGUUAUAUUGGCCAUCGGCGUUUUCUCCCACGGGACCAUGUUUGGAGGACAAAGAAAUAUUUUGAUGGACAGACUGAAGAAUGUGGGCAGCCUGAGGAAUUUACUAUGGAUGAGCUGAAUGAGCAAUUGGCGAGGGUUUCACAUGUUAAACCUGGGAACCAUCCUGAUAACAAAAAGAGAAAGAGGCAAGAUGAAGGUCAAUGCUGGAAGCGAAGGGCGAGUUUGUGGGAUUUGCCAUAUUGGUCAAAUCUGAAGUUACGUCACAAUCUUGAUGUAAUGCAUAUCGAGAAAAAUAUUUGUGAGGCCCUUCUAGGGACAUUUCUCGACAUUGCAGGGAAGUCAAAGGACUCAAUUAAUGCAAGGCUUGAUUUGGAAGAUAUGGGUGUAAGAAAAAAAUUACACUUGAAGCCUGACGGGAAUUCAUACACUCUCCCACACUCUCCAUAUACGAUGACUAAAACCCAGAAGCUUGCUUUUUGUGCUUUUAUAAAGAAUGUGAAAUUCCCAGAUGGAUAUGCCUCCAGCCUAUCAAGGUGUAUUUCUGCUGAUGAAUGCAAAGUACAGGCAUUGAAAACUCAUGAUUGUCAUAUCCUUCUGCAAAGGAUAUUGCCUGCAAGCCUCCGAGGAAUCAUGGAUAAGGAAAUUUAUGAAGCAAUUGCUGAAUUAGGUAACUUUUUUCAGCAAAUAUGUGCUAAGACAUUGAAGGUAGAUGUCUUGAACAAAAUGAGAGGUGAAAUCCCAAUAAUAUUGUGCAAGCUUGAGAAAAUUUUUCCACCUUCUUUUUUUGAUGUCAUGGUACACUUGGCCAUUCAUUUAAUUGAUGAUGCAAUCCUUAGGGGUCCGGUUCAGUAUGGAUGGAUGUACCAAGUUGAGUGUAGGUUGCUUACCUUGAAGCGUUUUGUGAGGAACAUGGCAAGACCCGAGGGGUCCAUUGCAGAGGCAUAUGUUGCAAAUGAGUGCUUGAAUGCUUGCUCCAGGUAUUUUGAUGAUGUUGACACACGACACAAUCGUGAGGGCAGGAAUAGAGAGCGUGUAGUUUUGGGAGAAGGUGGUUUAUCUAUUUUCCAGCAUGGAGUCACUCUUCUUGGGGCAUCGAGGAUGACGUACAAUGAGAAUGAUUAUGACAAGAUGCUUUGGUAUAUCCUCAACAAUACUCCGGAGGUUGAGCCAUUUAUAGAGAUAUGUAGGACAGAGUUGGAGAGUGCUGGCAAUGUUGAUGUUGAUAGGGUUCUUGCUAAGGAAUUUGCAGGAUGGUUUAAGAAACACCUUGCAACCAGAAAAUUUGUGAAUGGAGAAGAAGUCAAUGAAGACCUAUAUGCAUUGGCAAGUCAACCACAUCUUAGAGUUCAUUUAUUUUCAGGAUGUCUUGUUAAUGGUGUUCGCUAUCACACCUUGGACCGUGAGAGAAGUAGAAAAACACAAAACAGUGGUGUCAUGGUUGAGGGCUCACAUAAUGGAGAAGAUAUAGACUUUUAUGGUCAGUUGAAAGAAAUAAUUCAAUUGCAGUACAACUCUGAUUCGAACAGUCAAAGGAUAGUAGUUUUAUUUCAGUGUAAUUAGUUUGACACUUGCAGCAAGAAGUCUAGGAUUAAAGAUGAUGGACAUUUCAAAAGUAUCAGCCAUGGCAGUUGCUGGUACAAGGAUAAUCCUUUCAUCUUUGCCACACAGGCAACAAAGGUUUUCUACUUGGAAGAUAACAAGCAUGGUGAGCCUUGGAAAGUUGUUCAAAAAUUUUCUCAUAGGCACUUGUGGAAUGUGCCCGAAGAAGAAAAUGAUGACCUGCUGGGCCAGGCAGAGAAUGAAUUGUCAUACCAAGAUGACGAGCAAGAAAAUACUAGUUUUUUUUUUGAAAGGAGAAAAUACUAGUUUUCAGGUUGCAGAUCUUGAGAGAGCUUCAAUCAACGAACAGUCUAGCAACAAUGAAGAUGGUAUUUCUGUUCAGGCUUCCCUAGUUGAUCAGAUCCGGAGGGAAAGGGAAUUGGAAGUUGAAGAAAAUGGCUUUGAAGAUGAUGCUGACAAAACUCUGAGACAAUAUGACAGUGAAAAUGAAGGGCCAAUCCAUGAUGAUGGUGAAUAUAGUGAUUUUGAGUAAAAUAUUUGUGUAUGGCUAAGUCCUACCAUUACCUGUUGUUAGAAGUUAGAACAUGGCUAUCUCAGUUUAAAUUGUCAUCUGAGUACUUGAUGUUUGUGUAUAGUGCAAUGAUUCUUGGGUAUCUGAUUCUUGUGUUUUAAAAUUUUAGAGUUACAAAUUGUGCAAUGAUUUUUUGUGUAAGUUUUGAUGUUCCAGUAUUGAACCACACCUCA